AUGAUCAAUCCUCUCUCCAUCACUGCUGCCCACCCAGGCAGCUGGUUCCUCUUCGGCAUCAGCGACAUUUGCGAUCGGCAUCACCCCACCCUCCGAUCGACCCGACGAGAAUCUACAUUCCAUUCAAACAAGACAGCCAUGUCGCUGCUCGCCGUGACGCUGUAUGCGCUGGCCAGCGUGGCCGAUGCCGCCGCGGGCAAGCGCGGUCUCGUCUUCACGCCCAACGCAGAAUACCCCCAAGACAACAAGAUGUGGCCGCCGCCCGCCAGCGACCUCACCUGGUACUACAACUACGGGAGCCUCCCGUCGCCCGCCUACGUCAACGUCGCGCAGGACCAGUUUGAGUUUGUGCCGAUGAUGUGGGGGGUCGGCGCGGACCCGAGCGACACCAAGUGGCUGACCGAGGUCAAGGGCGUCAUCCAGGACGGCCGCAACAUCACGCAUGCUCUCGCCUUCAACGAGCCCGACGCGCCCAAUUCCUGGGGCGGCAGCAACGUCGAUCCCCACACCGCCGCGCAGGCCUGGGUCGCCAACUUUGAGCCCCUCGCCAAGAUGAAUGUCAAGCUCGGCCUGCCUGCCGUCACCGGACAGCCCGCCGGCCUCGACUGGCUCAAGCAGUUCCUCGGCAACUGCUCCGCGCUCGUCAGCAGCGGCAGCAGCCAGACCAAGAACUGCACGUUUGACAUAAUCCCCCUCCACUGGUACGACAACUUUGCCGGCCUGGCGUCGCAUAUUGGCGAGCGCCGGGCGCUCUGGCCCGACGCCGAGAUUUGGAUCACCGAGUACGCCUAUGCCCACCAGGAGCUCUCGCCCACCCAGCAGUUCUUCAACCAGACGGUCGACUACUUUGACAAGGAGACGUAUAUCGGCCGCUACUCGUACUUUGGCGCCUUUCGUUCCAAGAACUCGAGUGUCGGCGCCAACGCCCCGUUCCUCAACAACGCUGGCAAGCUGACAGAUCUUGGCUCCUGGUAUCUGGGCAAGAGCGCGACGGGCGUAAACCCUCAGAGCAAGGCGUUCAGCUUAGCGCCAUCGGGUCUCGUUGCGGGUAGUGUCGCGGCUUUCGCGGCUGUCAUGAUGACUUGGAUAUAG